UUCAAUUAAAUCCUGUUAGAAAAAUAAAUAUACAAUUUAGAAAAAGAAAAAGAAAAAAAAUACUUUUACUGAAGUAGAAGACCAAGUUAGCUGGUGGCUAGCUGUUAGCUCCGUCUUUAAAACCGAUGCGACUACGCCAAAACAGUGAGAGUCAGAGGUAGAAUACGAAUCAAAUCAAAUGUUCUUAUUGAAUACUUAUAUAAACUAUCGUCCAAUAACAACACAGACAGAACAUUUUUAAUAAUCAGCAGAUGCUUUAGCGCUACUCACGUUGUCAACAGGGGCAGCCAUUUUGAAAACGCCGUUCUACGGAAGCCGCGGAUGGCCGGCCGCGUGCAGCGUUAUUAAAAAUCGCCUUUGUGGAUUGGUGUUUAUGCCAGUUAAACUGAAAUGUAACAAACUGUAAAUGUUUACGCUGCUGAAACUCACACAAAAUGAGGGACUAAUGCAAUUGUUUAACAUCGCCGAAUUAUUGAUUACUACAUUUAAUUAAUAUUAAAUGGAGAGAGAGAGAGAGGGAGAGAGGAGAGGAAGUGAUGGUUUGAACAUCAUCAUCAUCAUCCUCAUCACCAUUAUAUGAGGAGAACCUGAUGCCGCUGAGUGUCACACACCUCCUCAGUCACUGGACCCUGAAGAAGAGUCAUGAUGUCUGAUUCCAGGGUGUCCUCUGUCAUCCAGGAGUGGGCGAAUGUGUUUCCAGGUCAGACUCACGCUCUGAGCCCCGUCACCUCUGUCCAGACAGACAUGGAGAUGCUGCAGUACGGCCAGUCUCAGGGAAUGAUGAGGGAGGGCGACCAGGACAGAGUGGCCGAGCACAUGAUGGGACUCUCGUACCUGCCGUACUCCACAUCCUGUCUCAGCAACAUGUCAAACGUGGUCAGCACCAACCACCAUCAGAGCCACGCCAACACUCAGCAGGAUUUCUCAGUUUUCCUGCGACCAACUCUGAGGGCCCCAGUGAGCAAGAGGAGCAUCAGCAAGGACAGCACCGAGUACCGGCUGCGACGUGAGAGGAACAACAUCGCCGUGAGGAAGAGCCGGGACAAGGCUCGCAGGAGGAUCCUGCUGACCCAGCAGAGAGCAGUGCAGCUGCAGGAGGAGAACCACAAGCUGCAGAUGAGGAUAGGGCAGCUGACGGAGGAGCUAAAUACUCUCAAACACAUCCUGUCACAGCGGCACAUGCAGGGAGCCGAGGAGGGAGUAGUAGGAGAGACUGGGAUGUGAGCAGCGUGAGAAACAUCAACGUCCAGGUCCAUGCAUCACAUCCGUCAGUUUCACUCUCACAGUCCAAAGUCUGCUGGUGUUUUUCUGAGCAGUCACCAAAGAAGGACACGUGAUGUGAAUAGAAAGCCUUUUUUUAAUGAAUGUAAUUAGUUGAUUAUAGUUUCAGACUUUAAAACUGUGACAAGAGAAAAGACAGGAAGUGCAACACACACCAGAGGACUCUCUAAGACAGGGGUCUCAAACUCAAAUGACCUUGAGGCCACUGAGCAUCUGCCGUGGCCAGUCAGGGGCUAGUUAAGAGAAAAACCUUUCAUAUGAUCUUAAAAUUAUAUCAUGAUAUUCCAUCAGAAAUUCAAAAUAAGAGUGUCUGUGUUGACAUGGAGAUAUAUAGUUCACAAUAGAGACGUAUAAAAAUGAAUUUAUAAUUAUAAUUAUAAGUCGAUAUUAAGUGGCGGGCCACAUGAAAUGUACCGGAGGGCCCUAUGUGGCCCAUUAGCCGCAAGUUUGAGACCUCUGCUCUAAGAGCUUCAGAUCCAGAGAACAGUUCAAGGCCCAUAUGUUACAGAAUCAUGGAUAAAUCUGACGUUUGCCAGUUACAGCAAUAAAAACACAUGCUAAGUAAUCAGAUAGUUGCAAACAAGGGUACGUUUGUCGUGACCUCUGCAAAUGUGGCUACGACCCUGCACACCGGAGCAUCGAAAAUGCCCCACUCCAGCUGUGAAUGCAGACUCGCUCUUUGAUUCACUUUAACGAAGACGUUGCCUAAUUAUCAACCUGAUACUUGCAACAGGAUUUCACAACAACCUGUGGUUUGUUGAAGAUUCUAUAAAUUCUAAGCGUCUUUCUCUGUGUAGAAAACACCCAAGUGAGCGUGGAAUGUUUUCCCCUUUAAUGUCUGUAAAUGUGUUUUAAUAAACGUGUGGUGAAUACAUUGU